UGGUGAGCUUGCCUGCCAGUCUGUGAUUGCCUGUUGUCCUAUCUAUUUGUUUGUCCUAGUCGCCUGCUACUGCGGGUGGACAAACAAUCCAGUCAGUCAGACAGACAGACAGAGAGAACAAUCCAUUGACCCAACCCUUCUUUGUGGGGGUACUCGCGGCUGGGUCGCCGACUAAGCGAUAUAUGUCGGUGAGCAGCGCUGAGCUGCUCUGCGUUCGACCAGGGGCAGUAUCAGCUUCCGAAUUAGAUAUAGCAGCACCAUCACAAGACAAAAGUAUAUGCGUGCACGAAAAGGAAGAGUCGCCGCUAUUAAAACAGCGACAGCAGUGCUUAAGAUCGAGUGAACAUACAAGGGAAUCACGUUGCGUACCGGACCUCUGUGUGUUUCUGAGUGAGUGAGCGUGCGUGUGUGUGUGUUGAGUGUGUUUUGUCGUCGAUGUCACUGUUUUAAUUGUCUCACGGUAGAUUGAAUCGGAUAAUGGUUCCGCCGCUAGCGUCGCUGACGGCAACAUGACUAAUGGUGGCAACUGUCGUUUGCUCCGUGUGGCAGCACCGUUUAUGUGACGGUGCGAAGGUGACGGUGAACGCAUCGCAGAUGGAUCCUCGAAUCACCCCUUCCCACUGGCAUCAUAACAAGACCUACUAUUCGAGAAAUACUCUACACUAAUACUGUCGCUGCAAGUGUAUCAGGCGCUACCGCUCCAAGGACAACCCGUUUCACACUGUAGCUUGUCAAGGCGACGACACUCGUAGCGCACAUAGGAGACCAAAACCUAAACUAAUAACAAAAUUUGAACUAGUUUAUUUGCCAUUGUAGCUAUCCGAACAACAGAAUCUGGUGGGGCGUGCUAUUUCGGCUACAUCUACUCCUACUAGCUCGGAACGUGUGCGACUGUUGUUGUCAUUGCGGGUCGCUGUGGGUAUUAUCACUGUUUAUGCGCGUGCGUUUGAGUUGUUGUGUUGCCUUCGUAGCCGAUUGGUCGACUAAUCGGUUUACCAGACGGCCUGCCUUGCCUUUGCCGUCCUUACGUUCGUUGUUGUCUGUACAGAUCUGACGUUAUCGACAUCUUCGGGCGAAUGCUGACGAACGGAGACGUUGUGAGUAGCAACGACAUCAAUAAUAGGAUCGGCUAAGGAUCAAAAAGACAGCCAGCUGACUCAGACACAACAUAUUCACGUCGUUAAUAACAACAUUACAGUUGUACGCAGCAAAUAUAGAAGAACGGCAUUAACACAACGCUACCGCCCACACAGUAGAGAAGAACUAAUCGAAGCACAAUGUAUGUGUCUAUUCAGUGGCGAUAAGGCCAGCAACAGAGAAGUUAGUAGAAUUCUUUGCAGCUACAUCAACUUCUACGGCGAGAUCAACUGGUUUUAAUUGACCUGGCCAACAUCACCGAAAUUCGAACUUACUCUCGCUAAUAACAGAAGAGGACGGCCAGCUGAAUCCGAUACGCCGAGAUUUACGAAAAACUGUUUAAUAGAAUCAAGUGUGUUGCGUACCGUAAUUGUCAAGGAAGUGUUCAAGGCGCCAGGAAGUCGACAGGUAGAUCGUGAUAGAGACGUGAGAAAGGGAACAAAACAGUACGAACAAUGCGCGUCUAUACGACAAAGUCGCGCAUUGUCGUUGGCUUGUAGUCACUGUGCUACACAUAAUACAGAUUAGAUAGAGAGAAAGACGGUUCUAGCUGUUAUGCGUAUUAUGAAAUGUUCUUUGGUGACAUCGCAUUCGUAGAAGCAUCUGUGUCGAUGGUGUCUAUGCUCACUUAGUGGAUACGUUUGUGUCUAAAGGCGUGCACCUGUUCAGUGCCGAUUUGCACUGGGUUGCGGCAGACGCGGAAAAUCAACUCAACGCACCCUUCGAUUCCUGUUACAUUCAUGGUGAUACUUGCGUAUUGAUAUCAAUGCUGUUUAGUAUCCUUUAGUGGUGCGCGAAAUCGGUGGGCCACGUUCAGAGGGCUUCCGUAGCAGUUUAUCGAGGAGGUCGGCGUCUGCCGAUUGUUGGUGCCAGCAGCAACCUUAAUGACCAAGCUGAGCGAUCUGUGGCCAAAAAAACGACGAGGAAACCAAUAUCAAGCAGCCAGCGAGCAGGCCGAGCUACCGACCAACCACUAUCAGGCCAUAGACAACCGUCCUGGUCAAACUGGCGAUCGGAGGAGCAGCUAUAGCAGUCACAGAUAGUCAACCAUCAGCUAAUCAAAAGAUGAAGGCCGGUUUAUUGGAAGCAUAAUUUCUGUAUCCUAUUACUUUAUAGUAAAAGCGUGAAGAAAUAAGUUGAUUAUAAUGAUGGACCCUACCUAUCAAAGCGGACUUGGCACUGACAAAUCAUAAACGCUGUUACACUUAGAACACAUCGUGAGAUUAAGAAGAUCGUCGAGCAUCUCGUGUAUCCGUAUAGGCCACCUGGGAUAAAGUCACCUUGCAGUUGGACUCUGUAACGGCAAUAAAUCAAGAGCUGGGAUAUGUAAAUUGUCUUUACCCCCUCGAAGUCCCGCGAGAAAUCACAACAAAACAUGGCGAUUAGAGGAACUAAGCAAGAGGCGCGUACACUUCUGCUAUUGUGGCUACAACGAGAAAAAUAGCAACAAUUUCCUCUACAGCAAAGCGAUUACGAAGUGCAGAAGAUACAGCGUUAUCUCCCGCCUCAAUGUCUCCCCUUAUCCGUUGUCUACAAAAAAAUAUUCUGAUACAUUGCCUACUCGGUUGCGCAUACGUCAGUGAAACUGCUUAUUGUAUGCGCACGUUCGAACAUCAUAAGCCACCGUCACACGUCCGCAUCCCAGACGUUGUGUUUGUUCUUUCAAUAGUAGCGUGAACCUCUACGAAAAUCACACAUGCUGAGACUCACGGACGAGUUGUAAAUGUUUCACGUUUUCACGUCAUUUCCGUCGAUGCGCGUGUCUUCAUAGUCCUCGUACAGCGGUAUAAUUGUGCGCAUACAAUCAGACAGUACAAGAAAACAAGAGAAACGAAGGCCAACAGCAUUGACUAUAUAAGCAAUAUAUAAAGCAGUAACCAGGAUCUAUGUAACUGAAGUCGCAAGCAAACGUUGUUCAGAGUGCCAUCACUACAGUGUGCAAUACAGCGUCAUGGCGUGUCGCAUCCCUUGUUUGGGUCUUACGUGCGUCUGUAGAUGUCUGUGUUCAAAUCGCUGCAUGGCAGGAUUACAGGUAGAAGAAGUUCUUGGCGGUAACUAAUGGUAAAGGGAACAACGCUAGGAUUUAACGUACACCGUUGGUGAAUCCUUCGAACGACAGACAUUGACAAGAAAGAGAAGAUAAAUAAGAAGACAGCCGGCAGAGACGAAAAUUGUGACAUAGACAGCAAAGAGCAUUGUCACUCUAGAAGCAAGCUGCUUUUUGCACAACGGCUGCCGUGCGUCCAUAUAUCUGCAAGUGGUUGGUAGUAAGGGGUCGCGUGAAGUUGUACUACAUUACAAGCUAAUGAAGUGUGAGAGUUAGCGAGGUGCUGAUUAUUCAAGGGGUCAGCCUGGCGAUCGGAAAAAGCGGAAACAAUUGAUGGUUGGACAGACAAACAAGGGAUGUUGGGGGCAGAAUACGAGUUGUCCAAUAUACAUCCUAACUCGUUGGCAUAUCCCAGCGAGAAAUCUCUCCACGAAGAAUUCAAGCGCGACCAGGCUUUAGCGCUUUCCGUAUAAAAGGCAGCGUGGGUCUAAUAUAGAUACUUAUGAACGUUCUGUAUGUGUAUGAGUCAUAACUUCGUUAAAUCGAGCGUUGUCGGCACUAAAGAAGAAGGAACUGUUGCUGCAAGAUUGGUCCAACGGCGGAUUCAUCGAAAAUUCGUCAAAUCAGAAAUACGUACGCCGUCUCAUACUAUCAUUUUUCUCAACAGCAAGAACUGCUUCUGCCGUCUGGACUCAUAGCAAGAAUCAUCGCUUCGUCAACGUUCUGCCGGUCCUUGCGUCCCGAGCGUCAGUUACUGAGUCAGUCAAUCAGUUAGUUUGCCGAUCCGCCUGACUAUAUCACUACACAAUAUUCGUAAGUCGAGUAGAAGGGUGUAAAUGGCUACCAUUAGUAGCUAUGGAGUUGUAGCAAGGAUAAAGGCUCAGUCGAACCUCGGUUCAGUUCAAAGGCUGUUGUGUAAUUGCAUUAUCACUACCAUCAGUGGCCUCAGCUAUACGGAUGAAACUAACAAGGACGUGCACGAACAAACAACAAAAAAUGACUUCGAACCACGAAUCACUAAGAAAGACAUUGACGACGAUAACCAAACAAGAGAGUAGGCAAGGCAUGCUAUCAGCAAAGCGGACAACAACAACAACAGCCACCAAUGUUAAUUGCGUGCGUGUCAACCAGCGGUGAUUACGUUAAUAAUAGGGUAAUAGUAUUGAGCUGAAUUAACUAACUGACCAGAUCGUUGUUAAAUUAAUAACCAGUAACUAUAAAUAGGCUGGGUUAAUUGCUACAGCGACUACCGCGCAUAUACGCCGGUAUACCAAUGCAGCGUCAACGUCAAUCAUCACGAUCUAUACGACUUUGUCAGCAUCUCGCGCAGAGAACUUUAUCUCUAGUGCACGACACUUUAUUUGCAGUGUCUGUAUCUUUACUGGUAUCAAAUGUUGUUGUUACAGCAUUACCGCAGCGGCGUCUAGUAGGUCAGGUUCAUCUCACUCAAUAAUAGUAUGUUUGUUGUCACUUUGUGAUUAUACGAUUUCUAGCUGACGCGGGCAUGCUAUGGGCUUGUACACCUGUUAAAGAAGUGGUUUAUGACUGACAACAAGGCAACGUGCAUGGACCGUCUGUGAAUGGAGAUAAUGGAAGAGGAAAAAGCUCGUUUGUUGGUUUGAGUGAAAAAUGCUAUGACGAAAAUGACUUAUUAUUGAAGCUAUCCAAAGCUAUCGAAGAAACUGGAGGAACAGCGCAGUCGUUCAAAAAUCAGAAAAAAAAAAACAAGGUUUAUACAAGUAAUCAUAUCAAUAAUAUGAAUAACAAUAACAGUACUCAAAAAGAGUAAUGGCAAUCCAAUAAUUAUUAUUGCAUUGUGAAUACAAUCUGGGCCCUUGAAACGUUUUUUUACCGCUGCAAACGCCUGAGCUAUCGAACAGAUCAUUGAAAGCUGUUGCAUUGAAAUUAUUGUUGGCUUAACACUUACUGCUCGACGUGUAGAUAGUUGUUGGUCUACUGGACAAUAUAGAAGAUCGGAGAUGAUUAUUAGCGUACCGAGCAUUCGACAGUGUCAACUCAAUCUGGAAGUGGCCGAGUUAUAAUUGGUAUCAAGUGGACAAGGCUAAGAAGUCUCUAAGGGACGGUUCGCUUUCAUUUGCCUAGUUGCCUUCAGCGGGCCAUCGGUAUUAUCAGUAUUGUCGUUCCGUGCCUAUUACAAAUGUCACACAAUCAUCUAAGUACACUCUCGCUGAUUUAGUUCUGUGGCCGACACUCAGAAGAACGAGGCAGCAUUAUAUUGUCACCUUUCUCGUGCGACUCUUUCAUUUUGCCUAUGUGUUCCCGCAGCAGCUAACAAAUAUAAUACAAAUACUUGCCAGGCACCAUACUUCCGUCCGGAGUGCGUACCUGAUCACAAGAAGCGCAGAGGUAGGGAAAAAAGAGAAAAAGCGUGAGAGAACUCAGAGAUUCGUGCAACAAAAGCCGAAACAAUCGAAUGAGAAUCACCUUUUGGUUGCGCCACGUCAGUUAGCCUUGACGCCAGUCGUUGAGGGUCGUGCUUAUCGCAUCGAGGGAAGCGCUGGUGCAACUGCUGACUACUUCAUCUUCAUCGUGUGUGUUUGGUUGUCAUCGACUGCUACAGUGGUUUGCCUCAAAGCGGACGAUAGCAGAAGAAAGCCAGCAAGCUAGAGUCUGCUACAGAUGCAGUCUAUUUGUGUCACACUCGAUGUUUAUGUCUUGAAGUAGUAAAUUAUAUCUGACGCGUUUUCUUCGUUAGGAAGUUCGUUAAACGGAAGGUGAAAAAUCAGAACUGAUUGCUUCGCUUGCGUUAAACUUGUAUGGAUUACAUCUUUAUUUGUGUCUCUGUAUGGAUUGUCACGAUUACAGUUCCAGCUAAUACACUAUAUGUCAAACCUGUUUCUCCAUUUUAUGUCAAGCUCUAGAGCGUGUAUGUUGGCUUUAUAUCAUCGUGGCGUUUCAAUAUUUAGUUCGCUUUUAAUAGUCGAUGCGAUAGAUGAUCAAGCCAUAUCGCUCGUUUCGGUUGCUAACGUUUUUCCGUUGCCAUAAUAACCGAAACGUUUCGCCUUUCGCACACAUCAAAGGAGUGGCCGUUACUUGUACCGGAAGAGUUUCGUUGUGAAUACCGUUACAUAUUGUUCUCUGUUGACAUCAACAGUAUUCGAUCGUUGCUCAUCAUUACCAGCAACUCCUUCCCAUUGUUAUACUUCCUGUUCUUCAUCAACAACUUGGUGUACGGUAAACUCCAUUACCGUGGCACACAUCGCUGGGGCUAAUCACGUUCGCGGGUUGUGUCGCCGUUGACACGACCGUUCAUCCAUCCGUCCAUUAUUGUUGUUGUUGGUGGUGAUUACUGCGGGUGGCGUUCCUCGGUGGUCAAUCUGAAUGCGCCGAAGUACGGGGUGCAGUAGUCUGGAGAGCGCUGAGGAGGAGUUGGGAGAGCGACUCGCUGAUCCAGUCACUACCGUUUAUCAUUAUCAUCUGCAACAUCAACUCAAUCACCCACAUCAUCAGAAUCACCAGCCAAACAACAAUCACCACUUAUACCAACAGCCGAACAGUCAAUCGCAGCUUUACAGCAACAGCAAUAGUUCUACUGUGACAAGUUCACCCAUCGGUGGCACGCCACCCUCGGAUCUACUUGCAACAACCACAUUCCGAGAAUCGGUCGAAGGUUCAAAAAGCCCUGGCCAGGAUUACUAUGACAGAAAAUCCGAUACUGACGUUGACCAAGUGGACCACUUGACUAGUGGUAGAAUAAACUUCGGACUCCCUUACACGGGCGGAAGAAGCGGAAACCUACGAACUACGAGAACAGCAUCGAUAGAAACAACAACAACAACAACAACAACAACAACAACAAUUUCCACAGCAGCUGUACUGGCCGAGAUACCAUCAUCAACAAUUAACAGCUCUGGCGUCCUUGAUAAAAAUUCAUUAUUAUAUUCAAACAUCACGCAAUACGUCACAGAAAACUCCGAGGACUUGGACGAAGAAUUUCGUCAUCAUCAUAACAAUAAUCAGUACGAGCCAAAUGUUUCUCAACGAACUAUAGCGGCCAGACAACAACAACAGCAACAACAAUACGCUGAGCAUCUAAAUGUGCAACAAAAAAUUCUACCGGAGUUAAACAUAACAAUUACAGAAGCAGCAGCAAAUCGGCAAACGCCCAACAAUCGCCUAUUCAGUAGUAAUAAAUUGUUGCUGCAAGAACAAAACGCCAUUGAUUUCCCUUGGAAGCCAACUCGUCACAGUAUUUUUUCACGUAAAUCAGAUCAUCAAAACUACGCUGGUGCUACGGGCAGCAGCUGUGAUAAUAUUGCGUCAAGUGGCCAACAGCAAAAACAACAACCGAAGCAAAAAUUGCGCGAUAAGGCUCUGCAACAAAGUAUUGCUGCUCUUGUUGACGAUCGUUUGACUGGAAGUCAUCAAUUGUGUCAACAAGAUAUCAAUCCUUCGAGUGCUUUCAAAACGACGGAUACAACAGCUAGUACGGAUCUUGCGACGGCCAGCAAAACAACAAGUGCUAUGGAGCAACUAAAGGUAUUGAAAAUUCACAAAAGUUCAACGUUUAGUAACUUUGGAUCAGCAUCGAAACUCUCGAGUUGGUUAAGUGCACAAUUUGGAUCGGAGAGUCGGAGUAAUCGGAGUAAAGUGAAGAACUCUAAAAGUCUAAGCGUGGUCCAUGAGCAUCCUGGCCGGACGAUGGGCUCAGAUGGUGAAAGCGAAGAAGCAUCAGGAACAUCUGAUGAUGUUGGUCAUCAUCACCACCAUCAUCAUGGGGGACACCAUCAGGGAGGUCAUCGGACAGGAGCUGGAGGUCACCUUAACAAGAACUCGUCGAGUAAUCUCAGCAGCGGCAACAGCGCCACAAGCAAUGGGGGUGGAGCGACACAACAAGGACCAGUUCAGGUACGGUUACGUCCAAAGACAAUGGGAAUGUCGCGUUUGUCAAAGGAAGACAUUUCGAAACGUCUCUCACUGCCAGCCGAUCUUCACUUACCGGAGAACCUGUUGGCCAAAAAUAGUCCCGUAUCAGCCAUUCUUGAGGGACAGCCACUAACCCGCAACAUCCGACGGCAGAGUCUCGCUGAAAUUGGGUUCGGUCGAAGCGAGACAUACACGAAACUCGACAAGUUGGGGGAAGGAACUUACGCAACUGUGUACAAGGGCCGCUCGAAGCUCACCAACAAUCUCGUCGCUCUAAAGGAGAUUAGGUUGGAACACGAUGAAGGCGCUCCAUGCACGGCUAUACGAGAGGUUUCUUUGCUAAAAGAACUCAAACACAACAAUAUUGUGACCUUACACGAUAUCGUCCAUACAGACAAGAGCCUUACACUCGUCUUCGAGUUCCUCGACAGAGAUCUCAAGCAGUACAUGGAAGACCACGCCAAUUUCAUGACCAUCAACAACAUUAAGAUAUUCUUGUACCAACUGCUUCGUGGGCUGGCAUAUUGUCAUAAGCGGCAAAUUUUACAUCGAGAUUUGAAACCCCAAAACCUGUUAAUAAACGAUAAGGGUGAGCUUAAACUAGCAGAUUUCGGUCUUGCUAGAGCGAAGUCGGUGCCGAUCAAGACAUUCAGUAACGAGGUAGUCACCCUAUGGUAUCGACCACCGGACGUAUUACUGGGGGAAACCAACUACAACACUUCAAUAGAUAUGUGGGGUGUGGGGUGUAUUCUAUUCGAAAUGGCUGCCGGAAGGCCGCUGUUUCCUGGAAGCGACGUCCGUGACCAGCUCGAAAAUAUUUUCAAGGUCCUGGGCACACCUACAGAGGAGGUUUGGCCUGGUAUCUCGCAGAAUCAGGAGUUCACAAAUCAGCGGUUUCCGUCCUACCUGGGAGAGCCUUUGCAGGCCCGAGUUCCACGCCUUGGGCAGGACGGGACCGAUCUGCUUGGUCAACUGCUAAAGUAUGAGCCGCGCGGUCGGAUAUCUGCAGCGGAUGGUAUGAAGCACCCGUAUUUCGAUUCGUUUGGACCGAACAUUCAUAAACUGCCGGACACCGCGUCCAUUUUCAAGCUGCCAGGAAUCACGCUGACCCGCACCACCAGCCAUUGGAAAUCUAACAACAGUUCAUCCACCGUAAGCCAGGCUAGCGGAGUUCAAAUCAGCGGCAGCAACAGUGAGCGAAGAUAGCAGGAGAACGAAACAAGAGCUUACACAACGGGAGGCAUCAGUCUUCGGGUCAGUGUCGAUGCCGCUAACCCUAACGAGACUUUCGAAGAGUCUACGUUACUUCGAAUGAGAAACAUUUAUACUGAAGCCCACCAGCCAAACAUAUCGAACCUGUACCAUAAUUGCGACCGCUGUAUUGCUUGACUGUUUGUAAUAUGAUAAGACAAUGAAAAAUGACAGUAACGAAUGUAAAAAGAAUUAACGAAGAGAGUCUUCAUAACUGAAAACAACUACGAUAGUAAUUACCUUUAUAUACAUAUGAAAUACCACGAAAAGUUUUCCGUCAAUCAACAGGCAUCAAUGAUAGAAUUGUCACGUUCAUCAACGGCUCACUAUUUAUUUAAUGAUCAUAUUGAUACUACGUAUUAGAUUGUUCAUUUAUUGAUAGAGUGAGGUAUUUUCAACACGUUUUCAUCCUGGAUGAUGAAUAGCCAGAAUAUUAUAGAUAAGCAGCUUCCUGCAGAAUCUGCUUCUGGUGAAGUACUGGCGCGAGGUCGGAACGGGGACCUGCGGAAAAAAAACGGAACUUUUAUAACUAUAAGCGUCGCUGCAAGGGCAGCAACUAUUAAACGACGGAAUCUGCUAAAUAACUUGUACAUAUUGGGCAAGCAAUAUCCUUCAUCAUCGAUUGCAUUAUUCAACUGAAGGCUUCGAAUGAGUCGGGAAUCGUCCAAGAGCUAGAGAGUGAUAUUAUAUUAAUUAGAAGGACAGCGAAUCAAUAAUGCAGACAUCAAUCCGCUAUAUACAGAUAAACAAUACGUAUAUAGAUAAUAAAUCCUAAUAAAAAGAAAGCAUUGGUAAGAAUCCUGUGGACUUAGCGGGCUGAUUAAAUCGCCUCUAAUUAGCGAAUGCUGAUGAUAAUGAUGGCUUUCAUCAUAAUCAUUAUUACUAUCACUCAUUACUGAAUGAUCGAAGGUAGAGUGCGCGUAAAGAAAGGAGCACACUACAACAGAUAGAUGCCGUCCGAUUGAACUGAGGUUGAAAUCGAUACUUGCCAUCCGUGGGCGUCCAUAGCUAGUAGCGAAAGUACGGCGGAAAAGGUGAUAUUAUCGAGCAGACGAUAGCGAUACUGCUCUACAAGGGUGUAGCGUUUGCAUGCUACUAGGUUAGAUCUAGCACAAACGUGGCAAGCCACUAGGGAUCGGGUUGAUCGUUAGGCAACAGCGUCAGGAUAACAGAAAAAACAAUACAAUUCGAUUGAACGGAUAGCAGUAUUGCGGGAGAUUCUUACCAUUCGGACUAUUCUUUGGGAGGACAUCAUGUACGAGUGUUGUGGCGGCUCGCGCUGGCGUGCCAACGAAGCGCUUAAUAGCAUUGGGUACUUCUGAGAUACGGGGGUGUAUAUUCGGGCUAGAGCAUGCAGGUAGGCCAAGGGAACUCUUUCCACACUCUGUCCAUGGAAGUAGACAACGUAAAGCACAGACUCAUUUUCUAUGCCAUUAUCUUAAAAAAGGUCGACUGGUAUAUGAAAAGGAGAAAGAGACGUCUACAGAAAGGUCUUAUCUAUCACUUAAGAAGAAUUUCGUUUCUCGUGCGUCCGACAACAUUUGACAUUACAUUUACUUACACACACACACAUAUAUAUAUAUAUAUAUAUAUAUAUAUAUAUAUACAUGUUUACAUAUACAUAAACGCAAUGACGGUAAUUAUACCGACAGUAAUAUUAACAACAUAAGGGACGAGUAUCUGAAAGGUAAACGUAAUAAACUGACUAGUAAUUGCGAUAAUAAUAACUAGAAGCAGCCCAUUUUUGAUAGAUAUAAAUCCACAAGCGAGUUAAAAGGUUUCUAGGUCGAUGGCUAUAAGAUGCGCGCCGUCUGUAAGGAAUAGGGCUGAGAAUAAUGUUACGUAGCAACGUAUUUUGACGUCGUGCGAGCGUUUGAUGGCGAAAGAUCUGCGUUUCGUGAGUGACAUGUGAGGUAGAUUAUGAUGAAGGGACAGUUUCUCAUCGCUGUUUUAGAACUCGCUCUUUCGAUCACUACUAUUACUACUGCUAGUACUGUUAAUUAGAGUCAAAUAGAUUUAUGUAGAUACCUUUGAAAUUUAAGUUAACUGAUCGUUGACCAAAUGAAGUGAAAAACAAGCAAAAAUCUGACGAUUUCUUGGUGCACAACAUUAAAAGGCGGAUCCCAAUUACUAUGUAUGGGUCACUAUCGUUUGGCUUUAUUUUCUAUGAUAAUGAUUCUAAUACUUGCCGACAGGCUCAUUAUAAUUAAUCAAAAAAAAAAAAACGACACCAUUUGUCCAAUACAAGAUCAGACUGUAUCUGGUUCUAAUACAUGAUUUUGAUGGCUGAUAGUCACUCUUGUUAUAGAUGUGUAUCAGGCUAGAAGUAUAGGGUGGAAAUAUAUAUUACAUAUAGUGCGAGACUGCUUCUUCACAUUGAUUGAGUUAAGGUAUGUUGAAUUUUUUUUGUUCUUAAAUUACCGAAAUCGCAGAUUCUGCAAUUGGUUGCGCUUACCAAAUCUACCACUCAACUCAUCGAGGUGAAAACAGCAGAACUUAUAAAAAUUCGUAAUUCUUCGCGGACCUAGCUCUAUGUACAGACGUAUGAAGGGAAGUAUAUAACUAUCUGACCUGUGUAGUUCAUCUGUCUUUUUGGUCAUAGCAGAUUGGCGAAAGCCUCUACGAAAACAACAGUUCCUCUAAUGUUCGUAUAGUACCUAACUCCGUUUCGUACUUGACGUUACAUUAUUCACUUCACCGCUAUUACAACUAUUUAGUAGAACUCUAUAGUACAGACGCAUCUUCUUGAUAAAAAAAACUAUAGACACUUUCAAGUCUCCAUCAUCCGGCCGGCCGGCCGGUCGUCCAUCAUGAGCAGUGGCAACUGCCAGCAGUUGCACUGCUCCCUGCAGGGAAAACACAACAAUGACGAACCAAAUGAAACGGCAGGCGAACAGUCGAUUGUGUGCAAAAGCCGCAACAACAUCCACCUAUACAAUUAAACAGCGUUCGAUUGGAGACGGAGAAGAAGGUAAAACUGUAAUGUAAUCAUGUGCCAUGCUAGUUAACUUUGGCCGCCUUGCACGUACAGGUCGUUCGGGCGAUCAGUGACGAGGCCAUCGACUUUUGGGGUCAAAAGCCACGCCCCACGUGUGCACGUCUUUAAAGGACCCGUCGGAUCCGGUGUCCUGUUGCUCAAUAUGAGGGUGACCUUUAGUGAAAUAAGAAUAGAGCGCGAGCUGAGCGGUAAUGAACCUAAGUGAGGACACGGAAGAUAAAAACAAUGCAGUGGAACAUGAAACAAAAAGGAAAUCGGUGCUUUUCACCCGUCACUAACGUGUCACUAUUACUUUCCUGCCGAUUUAUAGGUGAUAGACUUCUUCGAUCUUUUUGAUCAAAUUUGCGCUUUUUAUUGGAACACAACGAUUUCUCUUUCUUUGUUUGUGUUUCAAACCGUUAUAACGAAGAGCUCAGCCAAAGUCCCUAACUUAGAUAAAAGUAAAAACCUAUGCUUGCUUUUAAUGUUAAUCUACUGUUGGGUGAUUUGGUGCUGCAAAUUUGUCCUUUCUAUCUGUGUUACCCUACGUCAACUGACAGUGACAGGAAAAAAGUUGGCAUUUUUUUUGACGAUUUAUAAGGUAAUAAUAGAGCUAUUAAUAGCAACAACAACGCAAAAAUAAACAUGGCUCUAUCGUCGGCACAAUGUAAGGGUGGACAGGAAAUAAAAAUUCAACAACAAUCCAGAGAAGUAAAACCAAAAAGAAAGAAGAAUCAGGUCGCCGCUGAUUUAUCAUGCUUUGAUUAUUUGUUUACCGAAAUUUCACCGAUUAUUUAUUUAUUGGUGAGUUAAGAUUAAUGCCAACUACAAGAUCUAACCUUCCACACGUAGACACUAAAAUAAGAUAAAUUUUACUUCGAAAAUGAGUUAAGUUGUGUUCCUCAUUGUGACAACUGAGCAGGAAUUUGAUGAAAAGAGGAAGCUACAUUUGAUUUUGCCGAUGAUAUGUUAGCGAGCGUACCAUUUGCCCAAAAUGACAUCUCUAUCUCAGCGUUACGUACGGCAAGGCCACGUGCUGUCUGAGAUGAUGUACGAACCAAUGAUGGUUCCCCUAAUAGAACCUAUAGACAGACUGAAUGGUUCCACUCCUUCAUUAUAUAUAUCAAGAAGACCAGAUUGACAUACGACUAGAGAUGGUGUAGGCAAAAAAUCAUUAUUGCAUAUUAUAUUUAUAUCACAUCACUUCGGACUCACGGGUGAUGAUGAUUAUAAUAAAUUUAAGCGAAUUGAAAGGAACGUAACGAGAAAAUGGCGGGAAAUCACGGUGGAAGCAACUUACGUGACGUGGUUGAUAAAGUGAAUAGUGCGGAAGAACCGUUGAAGAUUAAUAUCGAUGAAGCACUGCGGAUAAAUAUAUCAUUGUGCUAAUUAAUAAUAAGAAUUAUAAUAUUAAUAAAUGAUGAUAAGAAUAAUACUGAUAAUAAUAAUAAUAGAGUAAAAUAAAGAUACCGCGCGCUUGGUAUAGAUUGA